GUUCUGACAGCUGUCAGUGAAUAAUGCCCAAUGGCAAAUAACAAUGCCCCCUACUGAACCGGCGCAAAAUGCUCGUGAAAUUUUUUCACACCGCACACAGUUUUACUUUGCAGCCUGCGCCAUUCCAUUAAUAGUGAAAAAAUCUUGUGAUGGCAAAGACGUUGGGUGUUCAAUAGACUGUUCACUAAAGACCCCAGCUAUAUCAACAGCAGAAGCGGCUACAUAAACUGAGUAUUUAUUAUACAAAAGGCUAACAAAAGGCAGUGUGAGGUAGUAGGAAGUGGAAGAAGGAAGACGAAUAAUUGAAAGAGUGUGAUUUUCUUUAGAAGCGCUUAACAAAUAUUUAAAUCAAUACAAUACAAAGCAAAAAGGAGGAGCAAUUUUGAUUACGCAGUGGGAAAAUUGUGUCUAAAGUAGUUUGAAAACGCGGCUAAAAGCCUACCAAGAGCCGAGGUCCAGCGUAUCACAAGCAACGACUAAAUCAUAUAUAGAACGCUCAUAUUGACCAGCUCAUUGAGUAUAUUGCUUGGACCUGAAAAAAUCGUUUUCCGCUAAAAACACGCAACUCUUAGCACGUAAUUUAGCUGAAGAGCAACAACGACAACGUGUAGCAAAACUACUUUUGCAACUGCAAGUACCAAAACAAAACAAUUUCAACAGUUCGUAGACAAAUGUGUGAACAAUAAUAAUAAUUAUUCUACAAUUCUAUAUACACAUACAUACAUAUAUAUCUGAAUAGUAUUCAAUAAUUAAUAUCGUAGAACAAAUUAAUCAGGAAGCUAACGCAAUUGCGUCGAGUAAAGGUGAAAGGUUGAAAAAACGCGUGAGCAGCAGCGUUUCAAACAACGUGGCGGAAGUAGUAAGGAAUUUAUUGUGCGACGCUGAAAAAAGGAGCACACUUAUAAACAAAAGCAAAUUUAACCAGUUUUAAACAUAAAUAACAAAUAUUUUAAUUAUACACUUAAUAAUAUAUAUUACAAUAUUUUAUUUUAAAUCAUAUAUAUAUAUGUAUAACAAAAACACAAAUAAGUUCAAAUUAUAAGAAAAACAAAAUUUGUAAAACGCCAACUUUUUUGUUGGUAACUUACAAUUACUAAAACUAUAAAGAAAACAAAAAAAAAAAACAACAACAACGUGACACAGAGCAACAGGCAACAGAUCGAGACAAACUAGCCCCAAAAUAUACUCUGCGUGCUGAAUAUAAAAAAAAAAAACAAAAAACAAAAUCUCAAAUCUCAACGACACCCAUUAGAGGCUUCAAUUUGUGCUUAAAUCCGCUUUUGGAUUUUCGCACAGAAAUAUUUAGUGCCACCAGUGGCUGCAUAGAAGUCUGAAAAAGGCGCCAUUUUAAAGCGAAUACAACAACUACAUACAUAAAAUAAUAUAUAUAUAUAUAUAAAACCAAAAAACCACAAAAAAAAAAAACAAAUUUAUCAAAAGAACAUUGCCAAACGCUGAGCUGAGACGUAACAACCGAAAACCAGCAGCAAAAUCUCGUGGAAUUUCAACUACUACGAUACGAUAUUAUAGUUGCACAUAACGGACACAUAAUAUACAAAGUCAAUCAGCUGGCGUACAUCAAUCUUCUAUUCUCUUAAGACUUUACUCGCAAAACAAGCCAUUUUACUAAUUGACGAUAUAUACGAUACAGAUUUUUCCAGCGUUAUUUUGCAUAUAUUUUCUUUAUAAUUGAAGCUGCUUAGACGAAGCAAAGCAAACUUUGUUCCCGCAAAAAACCACGAACUUUCCCACGCGUUAUACUUGUUAUCGCUUUUACUACAACAACAACUACAACUACUACUUAUAUAUUCAUCGUUUUUAAUUUAUAAAAUCGUGUCGAGCUGGUCAUUUACAUACAUAUAUACAAUAUAUAUAUAUAUAUAUAUAUAGUAUAUACUCAUAACUUGAAAAGAUACGAGCGCCAUAUUUGUAUUAUUUUUUUAAAUUUAAAUAUAUAUAAACCAAAGCCAAGCACUUAAAAAACACAACAACAACAGCAUUCGGAAAAAAAGUCACACUCACAAAAAAGAAAACAAAAAGAAUCCAAAAUCGUCUAAAACAACAAGGAUAUCAAAAUCUCUGAACAACACAAAUCAAAUCAGCUUAAAGAAGUUGGAGGAAAAGAAACCCGAAGGAGCAGAAAUUUAACUUAUUAAAAGCUUGUAAGCAAAAACAACUAGCUAAACACCUCAAUUCAACAAAAUAUAUCAAACAAAGUAAGGGCAUUUGCCGCAAUUUUGCCUGCUACAAAUCACACCGAAACUUCAACAUCUUCCGUUUUUGCCACCAGAUUUUGAAAUACAUAUUUGUAAAAUCAAGAAUUGACAACAAACAAAUUUUACUCUGAGAUUCGCAAGCUUUACAAUUAGCGCUACUGCGAUUGCUUUGCUUGCACGCAUUUAACUGCAACAACAACUUUUCGCAUCCAUUUUCACGGAGAUUUUAACGUAUUUCAUUUUUGAACUCAAUUAUUAAACCAAAAACGCCACUUAUGGCAUCACUCGAGGAACAACCAAUCUCAACGAUCACCGCCAUUUCCACCUUUGAUCCCGCUACCACCAAUACCUCUGCUGACAUCGUUUCGAACGUAACCGCUACUUCCGGCACUACUGCUUCUGCUGCCACUGCUGCUGUUGCCAACGCGCUCGUUGGUAAUCUGUCAACGCUGGAUUCGGAUUUCGGCUUAGGCGCUUGUGCCGACAAGCAACUUUUGACGCCUGCCACCCUGCUAAGUGGUGGUGGCGGCAAUAGCGCUAUCGGCGCGUUGAAUAUCAAUAGCACCGCAACAACAACUGGUGUUGAUUCCAUUGUGGAGAAGCUCGUCAGUUCACUGACUCUGGAUAUGGACACGGACGCCUUGGUUAAUGGUAAUACAACAAUGUCGGCACGUGACUUCAACUGCAACGGCAGCGUUGCCAGCGAGCAUAAGAGCGUCUCGUCGCGUUCAUCCUCCUUGGCGGGCAACAUGUUUAGCGAGGUGUUCGAGAAUAAGGGCAAUGACUUAGAAUCCGGUUCGUUGGAGGACUCGUGCAGCUCAAUUGGCGCCGAUGGCAUGGAUAAGAAUUGCAAGAUUUGCAGCUCACGUUUAGUUACACCACGCGUACUCUCAUGUCUCCAUGUAUUUUGUGAAUCUUGUCUGAUGAAACUGCUUACCGAAGAGUCGAACGGCAAUUCGUCAUCGGCUUCGUCCACUACUUCAACUGCCGGUGAACUAAUGCCGCCAUUGAAGUCCGUUAUCGAGUGUCCCACGUGCAAACAAGUAACUAUGAUUGGCGCCAAAGGCAUUGAAUCGUUGACAUGCGAUUACAUUUUGACCAACAUACUCGAUCUCUCCACCAUCGAAUCGGAGCAAUUGUCCUGCACCUCGUGCAAGAGCAAGGAGAAGGCCAUUUCCCGCUGCAGCGAUUGCGCUAAUUUCUUGUGCAGCGGCUGCGACAACGCCCACAAGUAUAUGCGUUGCUUUGAGAAUCACGAAGUUGUCAAGCUUGAAGAUCUGCAGAAGUCUACGGCCGACAAGCCAUUGACCAUACACAAGCCACUUUUCUGCAAUGUGCAUACUGCUGAAAAUCUCAAAUAUUACUGCUUCAAUUGCCAAAUACCGGUGUGCAAUGAUUGCUUAAUCGCCGACCACAAGGGCAGUGAGCAUCAUUACGAUGUGAUCGCUUCGGCUGAGAAGUCGGUGCGCAUUGAUGUUGAGAAUUUGAUGAAGGAAGCCAAAUCAAAGGUGCAAUAUUGUGAUGCUGCCGCUUCGAAUCUUUCCAGCGCACUCACCGAGCUACAAACCCAACACGAUUCGGCACGCGCCCGCAUCGAGGAGACCUAUCAGAGCUACAAGAAGAUCUUGGAGAAAUGCCGUGAUCAAUCGCUAACCGAGUUGGGCAAAUUGCACUCGGAGCGUGAGCUCAAAGUUAUGGACCUGCUGCAGAACAUCGAAAAUACGAUGGGCAAAAUCGAUGGCACUUGCAAAUUCACCAUGCGUGUGCUGGAUCAAGCCAAUGCCGCUGAAUUUUUGUCGAUGAAGAAAUUGAUUAGCUCGCAGUUCAUAAAUCUGAUCAACAGCACACCAAAGUGUGACAUUAACUAUUCACUGACAUUCGACACCAAGACGGAGAAAUUCGAGCAGGUCGCACAGGAGACCUUUGGUAAAUUCCGCACUGAGUCGACACCUCCCUCCCCGAAGGAGAGCACCCCACCACCCACGCUACCCGGCAUGCCACCCAACAUGAUGAGCAGCCGCAGUGGCGGUAUGAAUACAUGCGGUUCACAAGGUCAGCUAGCCGGUGGCAGCUCCGUUACCGCCAGCAGCCCAAUAUCAUUGCCGACUUCGAUGCAAAGUUCAUUCGACGGUGAUUUCUCUGUGCUGGGCAAUGGAUUCCUUAUGCCGAAUGUAUUGACACCGGAUUCGCCACCACAUCAACCACCUACAUUGCACCACCAAAUCUCGCAUCAACAGCAGCAGCAACAGCAACAAUCGCAGUCAUCAGCUGCAGGACAAGCACCAGUACAUGGUGUGAACGGCGUGCGCGGCGGUUUUGAUGGCGUCGGCUGUGUUGGUGUCGGCGGUGCUGGUUUGCCCGGCACAAGCCUCGCCAACAGCUUGAAUGCGCUUACCGGCGGUCAUGGUCCAAUGCAUGGCCACAAUCAAAAUCAUGGCCAUGGACAUGGUGGUCACAAUGCACUUGGCGCCAAUCCACUAAGCGGUGCUGGCAAUAGUUUAGGUGUUGGCUUGAACAACAACACUCUAGGCAAUGGUAUAAAUGCUUCGCUCAGUCAGGGCUUAAAUGGUCUCGGCGGCGGUGGUGCUGCUGGCGGAGGCGGCGGCAGUGGUAUGAAUGGCGGCCUCAAUGGUGGGCUGAAUGGACCGAAUAAUCAGAGCGGUGUUGGUAGCGGUGGUGCACCACCACCAAGCGCUUAUAACAGUAUUCUUGAGUACAAUCUGUCACGUCUUGCCAGCCUCACUGAGGCCACACCGGAUGUCACGCUCAACGACGCUUUGGUGGGACCCGGCGCAGGCGCUGGCGGUCAUCAUCAGGCGGUAGUGCCAGCAUCGUCAUCACAGAACCAACAGAUCUCAUUGGCGGACAUACUGUCGGGUGAUCAACGCGCCUUCAACAAUCUACAAGCGCUUGCCAAGAUGGGACUCAAUAACAAUGAUUUUCACACAGACAUGAAUCAGCUUUUAUCGAGCGGAGCUUCACCCGGAAUUGAUUGUAUAUUACCAGAUUUCUGCCUACCCGCAGCCACAUCGCCCAGCCUCUCAACACUCGGGCCACUCGGCGCUGGACCCGUCGACGAUAUGUCCAUAACAAAUUUCCAUGCCGGUGCCACACCGGGCACCACCAAUAUUGUCACCGGUCGCAACAAGGCAACACCCAUGCAGAUACGUUGUAAAUUCGGUUCGCUUGGCACCUCGAAGGGUCAAUUCAAUUCACCACAUGGUUUUUGCUUGGGCGUAGACGAGGAGAUUAUUGUCGCCGAUACGAAUAAUCAUCGCAUUGAGGUUUUCGACAAAACCGGCACGCUUAAAUUCCAAUUUGGCGUACCCGGCAAGGAGGAGGGUCAACUAUGGUAUCCACGCAAAGUAGCCGUUAUGCAUACCAAUGGUAAAUUUGUCGUGUGUGAUCGUGGCAAUGAACGCUCACGCAUGCAAAUAUUCUCCAAAUGCGGUCACUUCAUGCGCAAGAUCGCCAUCAGAUACAUUGAUAUCGUCGCUGGUUUGGCUGUGACCUCAAAGGGUCAUAUCGUGGCUGUAGACAGCGUGUCGCCAACAGUUUUCGUUAUCUCCGAGGAUGGUGAGCUCGUGCGUUGGUUCGAUUGCAGCGAUUAUAUGCGUGAACCGUCCGAUAUUGCCAUACGAGACAAUGACUUCUAUGUCUGCGAUUUCAAGGGCCAUUGUGUUGCUGUCUUCCAAGAGGAUGGUACUUUCCAGUAUCGCAUUGGUAAUGAGAAGGUCACAUGCUUCCCAAAUGGCAUCGAUAUAUCAAAUGCAGGCGAUAUUUUAAUUGGUGACUCGCAUGGCAAUCGCUUCCACGUGGCCUGCUAUUCGCGCGAUGGCGUGCUACAAUCUGAAUUUGAAUGUCCACACGUUAAGGUUUCACGUUGCUGCGGCCUAAAGAUAACCUCCGAAGGUUAUGUGGUCACUUUGGCCAAGAACAAUCACCAUGUGUUGGUACUUAAUACGCUCUACGUUCACUGAUCGCAAAUCAAAACCACAACCAGCAGUAGCAAUAUCAGUGUCAGCAAUAAUAAUAACAACAACAAUGACAGCAAGCAUAACCUGCAAAUGAAUGUGUCCUCCGGUGGUAUUGGUGCUGGUGUCACAAACGGUGGCAUUUAUGAAAAUGUUAAUAAUACCGCAAGUAGCA